GGCCCAGCCCGGCCGUGACCUCUGACGUCAUCGAGCCGCGCCUGCGGCAGGCAGGAGCCGGGACAUGGCGGCGCGGCGGCGCCGGCGGCUGAGGAAUGGCCGAUAACCUGGCCUAUUCUAAGGAUUCCCCAGCCAGUCAGAGAUCUUCCACCAUGGCGCCUGGCAGGGACCGGAAAGCAUCCUACGAAGAAGCCCCAGGAGAUGAUGGGGAGGUCGUCACUACAGUCUGCAACAGCGCAGGUGCCAUCCAAUCUGCCGAGUCCAUGGAGGAGCCAUUCACCACCUACUUUGAUGAGAAGAUCCCCGUCCCUGAGGAUGAAGUGCAAUCAUGGUUCAGCUUCCGCAAGCUCUGGGCUUUCACAGGGCCUGGUUUCCUUAUGAGCAUCGCCUACCUUGACCCAGGAAACAUCGAAUCAGAUUUGCAGUCGGGCGCUGUUGCAGGGUUUAAGUUGCUUUGGGUUCUCAUGUUGGCCACCAUCAUUGGUCUCCUCCUGCAGCGUCUGGCAGCGAGGCUGGGAGUAGUGACGGGGCUACACCUUGCUGAAGUGUGUAACCGGCAGUAUCAGAAGGUCCCUCGAAUUAUCUUGUGGCUGAUGAUUGAGCUCGCUAUCAUCGGAUCGGACAUGCAAGAAGUCAUCGGCUCGGCAAUCGCUAUUAACCUCUUGUCUGUUGGGAGGAUCCCUCUGUGGGGAGGUGUGCUCAUAACCAUCGCUGAUACGUUCAUGUUUCUCUUCCUGGACAAAUACGGCUUGCGGAAGCUUGAAGCAUUUUUUGGCUUUCUAAUUACCAUCAUGGCACUCACGUUUGGAUAUGAGUAUAUUACAGUAAAACCAGACCAGGGACAGCUGCUGAAGGGGAUGUUUUUCCCUUACUGCCAAGGCUGUGGCACCCCUCAACUAGAACAAGCCGUGGGAAUCGUGGGCGCUGUCAUCAUGCCACACAACAUGUACUUGCACUCCGCUUUAGUAAAGUCAAGGCAGGUGAACCGGGCAAAAAAGAAGGAAGUGCAAGAAGCCAACAAGUAUUUCUUCAUCGAGUCAUGCAUCGCUCUCUUCAUCUCCUUUCUCAUCAACAUCUUUGUCGUCUCUGUCUUUGCUGAAGCUUUCUUUGGGAAGACUAAUGAACAAGUGCUCGAAACCUGCAUGAACACCAGCAGCCCGUACUCUGGGCUCUUCCCACCCAACAACAAAACCCUGGAAGUGGAUAUCUACAAAGGGGGUGUCGUUCUGGGUUGUUACUUUGGGCCUGCUGCUCUCUACAUCUGGGCAGUUGGAAUCCUGGCUGCAGGUCAGAGCUCUACAAUGACUGGAACCUACUCCGGGCAAUUUGUCAUGGAGGGAUUCCUCAAUCUGAAGUGGUCGCGCUUUGCUCGAGUGCUCCUUACCCGCUCCAUUGCUAUCACCCCAACACUACUGGUUGCCAUUUUCCAAGAUGUUGAACGGUUGACAGGGAUGAACGACUUCCUAAACGUCCUCCAGAGCUUGCAGCUGCCCUUUGCCUUGAUCCCUGUCCUUACCUUCACGAGCCUGCGACCUGUAAUGAAUGACUUUGCCAAUGAACUAGGCUGGAAGAUUGCUGGCGGCGUGCUCAUCCUCAUUGUCUGCUGCAUCAACAUGUACUUUGUGGUGGUGUACGUCAUGGCCCUGGGACACGUUGCCUUGUACGUGGUGUCUGCAGUCGUCUGUAUUGCCUACCUGUGCUUUGUAGCUUAUUUGAGCUGGCUGUGCCUGAUUGCUCUCGGAGUCUCCUUCCUGUCUUGCGGGCAAACGUAUCGGCUGGGAUUCAAAACUCACCCUGAACUCUUCCUUCUGAAUAAUGUCGAUGCAGACUCGGUUGUGAAUAGAUGACUUCCUGAGCUGCGGUAGGCAGAAUGGAUGGGUUUUUAUUUGGAAGCCCCGUGGUGCUGCAGAAAACUACUUACCCUCCUUUUUUCGUUAGCUCAGAAACGGGUACAGUCAAGGAUCACGAACAACGCUAAGAUUUCCUGCAGGGAGUGCAGGAUGCAACUGUUGUGUUAAUGUGAGUGUUACAUGGAACUUACAGGUGCUGCACUUUACAUCAGCCUUGAAAGCUGUCACAAGACCAGCGAAGAGCCACGGUCAGGCUAAUUUCAUACCCCCACACACCCCACUGGUAUUUUUUUUUUUUUAGCUAUUUUAUUCUUUUCUUUAAAUAUUUUUUGAUACAAGUAAAUAAUCUGGGUGGAGAAUUACUGGGAUUUUGAUAUUUUAUUAAUUUUUUCAGAUUUGAUCUUGUCCUGCCUGGUGUUUCUUAGGCUAAACGACAGGACACUGUGUUUUAUUUUUCUGACUUUUGAAAAAUGGCAAACUUGUCUGGUUGGGCAUUAUUUGAGGGGGUUUUUUUCCGUUUGAUUGCAAGUGGAGAUGACAUGGCGAGAAAUAAUUAACCAGAAGACUGUGAAACUAAAGGUCCCUGGAGACUAAGGAAGAAGCAUGCUUGCUGUCUGUAUAUUGCUCAGGGCAUGUUAUUCUGAACAAGCAGGGCUGGGUACAAGGUGAUCUGCUCUUUUAUCAUCCCCUUCCCUCUCCAGAAUGCCCCAUGCCAGCUAUCCAGAUACUUGCAUGACCUCCAGUAGCUGAACACCUGCCACUUCAGACCUCUCCAGCCUCUGCUGUGGCCAUCUGAAGAGGCCCCACACUUCAAGAGAAUGGCCCACCUCUCUUUCCCACUGGCCUCUUCCCCAUGUGGUCUGUUCUUCAGUAUCUGUUCUGUGCACCGUGGUUUGCUCCCCCCAACAAUGUUGCUGAAUGCUGCUGUAAUCACAGCACAGCUGGGACGGGAGAAUACAAAAAGGUUAGCGUAAUGUGUUCCUUCCAACAUGUGAUUUCUCUGCUGUCAGGAGUCCCAACACUUUGACUGACAAGCAGUGUGUUGAAAUGUUUUGCUCUUAAACUGUACUUUUAGAUUUUAAAACCAAAAUCCAGGUUCUUUCUAGAGGCAAUGCAAGCUUAGACUUCAGAGGAAUGCCUGAUGAGAGAACUGUAGAAUACUUGGUUCAAGCAUCUCUGUGUACUUUUAGGAGCGAAGCUGAUCUCUUCAGUGUGAUCUCCCAGUGGCAUGUGCCACGUGCCUGUGAAGUGCUAACUAGAGAACUUCAGAAAUGACUUCACAUUAGGCUCUAUGGUUAGCCCCCAUGCCUGAAUAAACCAUGUACCGCUCUCAUCUACAAGUGAAACAUGGCCUUUGAUCUGCCCUCUGUUCUGGAGGGAGUUGGUUGGUUGAAUUUUCACAGUUCAGAACAUCACAGACUUGGCACAUGUGUUAUACACCAGCUUUGUGUGUUCGUGGCAUUUCAGGAAGCCUCGAGCGGUACUCGGAAUCGCGUCUGAGCAUUGGAAGUUUCCAAACUCAGAAUCUGAAGCCAUGGAGAGAGAGAGCGUGUGUGUGUGACUUUUUCCUUAUGGGCUUGUUUGUUUUUUUCCUUCAAAUGGAUAAAUGUGCUAAGAUCUCUGAGACACAAUUUUCUUCGCAUGAAAGUCAUGCUGGAUUAUAUUUUUCCAAAUUUGCAUCUGGGUUCUGUUCUGGGGUAGCUGUUACUUCUGUUUUUAAUUUGUUUUUUAACCAAUGAAUCAUUUUUGUUCUUCUAAUUUGGCCCUAAUUUAUUAAAUUAUCAUCUGGGUUGUGAAGAACAUGGUGAAGGUCCAGACUUUCAAAUAAACAUGUCAAAUUCA